GCUUUGGCCUGUCUGUCCACCGGAACCAAACACACGCAGAAAAAGGAGCAGAGACGAGACGACGACGACCUCCACCGCACCGCUCGCUAGCUAGCUCCACUCCACUCGGCAAAGCUAAAGCGUAUCGAAAGCCGACCAUUAUAACCCACACAAAUUCAUUCCUCAUCGCAGAAAGAGGGAGGAGAAAGGGAGAGGAGUGGAGGAAGAAGAACAGUCGCGCGCGUAGAGGGCUAGAGGUUGCAAGAAAAGCUCGAGCUUUUCUUGCGCGCGCCAUGGCGGCACGGUGGGCGGUGCUGUUGGUGAUGAUCGUGGUGUCCGGGGUGGUGGCGGACGACAGCGGCGAGAAGUGCACGGGGGAGUGCGGGAACCCGUGCGGCAUCCCGUGCACCUACUCCAGCCCGCCGCCGCCGGAGCCGGUGCUGCCCCCGCCCGUCGUCUACUCGCCGCCACCGGCGCCAGUCUACUCCCCGCCGCCGGCCGUGCCGGACUACCCGCCGCCCACGCCCACGCCCACGGCCGACUGCCCCCCGCCGCCGUACGGUGGGUACACGCCGACGCCCGGGUACACGCCCACGCCCUACACCCCCGCCACGCCGUCCGGCGGUGGGUACACCCCGACGCCGUCUGGAGGUGGCGGUGGCUACAACCCCACGCCGUCCGGGUGGUUCACGCCGCCCAACAUGCCGUCGUACCUCACCCCGCCGGGCCCGCUCUACCCGCAGGACCCCGGGUUCCAUCCCAACGCCGCGCCGGCUUCCGACGUGGCGUGGCGCGCGGCGUCACUCCUGGCGGUGGCGGUGGCCGGCGCCCUCGCCUUGUGAUCGACGACACGAACCGAUCGCGCUCGAUCGUGCACACGUCGCCGGCCGGCCGGGAGCGAGCAGCUGCACCGAGCGAGCGAUCGACCGAUCCAUCCGUGGAGCCAACCAUGGUAAUCGAUCAAGUGCGCGCGUUGGCGUUUUAAUUCCGUUGAUGAUUCCGUGUUCAUAAUAAGGUUAGGGAAGAUGCAAGUCUCGAUCUGUCAUAGCAAUAAUUUUUUGAAUUAUUCGUGUUGUUCAUGUUGUGGAUCAGUCAGUCGUUCUUGCUUUGUUCGUCAUGUACGUAAGUUGGUCCUGGUUACUUCACUUGGUCAUAGGAAGGAGAAGAUGUUCAUCAGACUAUGUGAUACAUACAUAUAUAUGUCUCUGAUUAAUCACUUUCGAAUUUAUGUUUUUUCAUGCCUCA